CUUGACUUCACCGUGACGGGCAGACUUGAUUAUCCUUAGACUAAUCCUCCUUGAAUCCAAUUAUAUUACUCCUCAAGCAUAUAUUUUAAAAGACUAUCACCUUAUUUAUCUAGUUAGUUACUGGAUAUUUCUAAAACUACGCAUUAACACUUAUACAUCAUUAUCAUCGUCAUUAUCGUAGUCCACCUUUCACAAUGGCCAACACAAACCAAUUCGACGUAAACAGGCUCUUCGGAGUCCAAGACUACGUCGCAGUAGUCACCGGCGGCGGGACCGGGAUAGGAUUAAUGGCCGCGCAGGCACUCGCCGCGAACGGCGCCAAAGUCUACAUCACUGGUCGGCGGGAGGAAGUGCUCGAGAACGCGGCGAAAAGCCACCAACCGGCCAAGAAUAGCGGGCAGAUCAUCCCGAUCGGGCCGUGCGACGUGACCAGCAAGGACGACCUAGAGAAGCUGGUUGCGGAUCUGAGCAAGCGCGAGAAGUACAUCAACCUCCUGGUGUGCAACGCCGGCAUCUCGGGUCCGAAAGCCGAGCCGGAGGACGCUGAGGCGGAAGAUCUCAAGGCUAGGCUUUGGAAUAACGAGGAUCCUAGCGAUUGGCACGAUAACUUCAACACUAAUGUUACGGCGGUGUACUUUACCACCGUGGCCUUCCUUCCGCUGCUACAGCAAGGCGUCCAUCCGAAAGGCCCUCUUGAGCCUUACUCACCCUCUGUAAUUACCAUAUCCUCUAUGUCGGGCAUCAUGCGACAUGCACAGGGCCACUUCAGCUAUAACACGGCCAAGGGGGCCACGGUGCACUUGACAAAACUUAUGAGCGCAGAGUUCCAAAAGGCCGGAAUCAGAGUCAACUCCAUUGCGCCGGGAUAUUUCCCUAGCGAAAUGACCGCUAAGAGCAGUGAUGAUAAGCAGAAGAGCUAUGUGUCGCCAGAGAAGAUCCAAGAUAAAGGCCACGUCCCGCUAAUGAGAGCUGGACGUGAGGAAGAAAUGGGGAUGACGGUACUAUAUCUCGCCAAGAACCAAUAUGUGAACGGGGAGAUCAUCGCGGUGGACGGUGGGGUCCUAAAUGUUGUGGCAGGACGGUAAAGAGCCUGUCCAUCCGCCAAUGCUACCUCACAAUGUCCCAGAUAUGUUAAAUCUAAAACUACGGAACGAUGCACCGGUAUUGGGACCGGUGUUGGAUUGUAAUAAUGAGGAAAUUUGGGUAUUGGUGCUAUAUUAGGUUAAAAAACUAAACGGUUAGAUAAAAGUAAAAGUUCAAUGAAUGGAUGUUGUAGUGUGUAUUGAAAACUAUUGUUUUCUCUACCAGUCAAAGUUCGUAUUCUGUUCUUAGGUAUGAAAAUUAUAAGAGUCUUAUGACCUCGAAUAAAGUUAAUAUAGAAAUAAUCGCCUUAAGAGGUAGGGACCAAAC